UCAACAGCAGCCUGGCUACUUCAACGGUUGUGCCGAAGACCAGUACAGUGAUUGCAGCCUGUACAGUCCACAUUAUCAGGAUAAAGUUGAGUCGUUGAAUUUCGUGGCAAACGUAACCCAAAUACGCCAGUUACUCUUAAAAGCUUAGCCUAGACCGGACGACGAAGGAAACGAGAGUUCGUCGAAGUGUUUCCCCGGAUGACAUUUGUGCUCAAUUUGGGAAACGUCGGUGCUCUUCGAGAGGGGAGGGAUGCUUUAUGGACUAAAACCCAAUUGUCGAAGAUGACAGUUGAUAUGGACUAACGUCUUAAGAUGAGCACCGGUCCAGUACUGACGUUUCUGUGUCGCAUCCUUGUGAUGUUCGGGCUAACGGAUGGUGGAUUCGCUCGCUAACAUUGGCUCGAUUUUUAUGCCACCCGCGCCGCAUUAGAUAGAUGAUAGCUAAAUUAUUCAAACGAGACAUAGCCUCGUGUUACAUAAUUGUUAGCGUGUUUGUUUAGAGCUGCUAUGGGCAGCAGCUAUGACGCUAGGUGUAGCCGCGGUGUUAUGUCACUGUCAGGCUAACGGAGAGGUCGGUGUCUGCGGCCGUUCUCGUCUCUGCACGCUCGCGUCCAUCUCGCUUGGCAUCAUGUAGACGGUGCGUCGGAAUAGAUUAGUUGACCGGGUGGGAUACAGUUCCUUUAGCGAGCCUCCUCGGAAGUGUAAGGCUGGAUUGCAGCGAUUCAACUGGGUCAAAGUCAAGACACCUGGCUCCGACACACUUUAAGCUCAGGAUUGUUGCUCGCCACGCUCAAAGCCGUCCGAUCUGGGCGAUAUUCCAGAAGUCCAAGCCUAUUUCGAAGACAUGUGAAUGCACCAUGCCCUGGAUACAUCUCUUAUUUAUGCUCAAAGCCACAACAGAGCGACCUGCCAUGAUAUAGUUGGGCUUUGAGGGAGCAGCAAGCAUCAGGAGUUGCAGUUUAUUUUGCUCCUGGAUUUUUUUAGUUUUUUUCCAAAGAGAAGAUCAACAUCCAAGGCCGACCCAUCACAAUGGAAACUGUGGGAGAUUUUGAGUACAGCAGAAAAGACCUGGUGGGACACGGGGCUUUUGCAGUGGUGUUUAAAGGAAGACACAGAAAGAAAACGGACUGGGAAGUGGCCAUUAAGAGCAUCAAUAAGAAGAACCUGUCCAAGUCCCAGAUUCUUCUUGGCAAGGAAAUCAAAAUCCUAAAGGAACUGCAGCAUGAAAAUAUUGUGGCGCUCUACGACGUUCAGGAAACUCCCAACUCCGUUUUCUUGGUCAUGGAGUACUGCAAUGGAGGCGAUCUGGCUGACUAUCUGCAAGCUAAGGGGACGUUGAGAGAGGACACACUCAGGAUUUUCCUUCAGCAGAUUGCUGCUGCGAUGCGCAUCCUGAACAGCAAAGGAAUCAUCCACCGAGACCUCAAACCACAGAACAUACUGCUUUCAUACGUGGGUCGCAAAAAGUCCAACAUCAGCGGUGUCCGCAUUAAAAUAGCCGACUUUGGCUUUGCACGAUACCUUCAGAGCAACAUGAUGGCAGCCACACUGUGUGGGUCACCGAUGUACAUGGCCCCAGAGGUCAUUAUGUCCCAAAACUAUGACGCCAAGGCUGACCUGUGGAGCAUAGGAACUGUUAUAUAUCAGUGUCUGGUCGGCAGGCCACCAUUCCAGGCCAACAGUCCCCAAGAGUUGCGGAUGUUUUAUGAAAAAAACAAGAAUCUCCAACCCAUAAUCCCAAGGGAGACAUCCUCGCAACUUAGUAACCUUUUGCUCGGGCUGCUGCAGCGAAAUCAGAAAGACAGAAUGGAUUUUGACAUGUUUUUCAGCCAUCCUUUCUUGGAGCCAUCGUCGACCAUUAAAAAAUCUUGUCCAGUACCGGUCCCCAGCGCCUCCAACGCUGUGACGGACAGCUCCUGUGGCGGCUCCCCGUGCAUCCGCUACAGCUCUCCCCCUUCUCUCCCGGACAUGCAGACUCUGGCUGAAGAUGUUCUAUCGUCUCCUCCGCUCGGUCCGCCCAACUUUCUGCAGCUGUCCAAAGAGUCUGCUGGAAGCACCAGCAGUAAGAAUUCCUCCUGUGACACUGAUGAUUUUGUCCUGGUGCCUCACAUCUCUGCCGACAGCUAUGAUCAACCACUGGGUCCAGGUCAUCGGGCAUCCAACGAGUAUCUUUUGUGUGGAGGGCAGCCACAGCCCGCGCAGGGACAGACUCCCAUGGUGUCCCCACGGGCGGAGACCACCCCCAUCCCCGUUCCCACCCAGGUUCGCAACUACCAGCGCAUCAAGCAGAACCUCUCCAGCAGCCCGACCACCACGCUCUACGGCUCGCCCAGGUCUGGAACAGUGAGGCGCUCUAACACCAGUCCCAUGGGGUUUCCAAAAAUGGGCUCAGGGUCCCCCAGCUCGGCAGACGUCCCUCAGCCGGUGGGCCGUCGCCUGUCCACGGGCAGUUCUCGGCCCUACUCUCCAUCACCUCUUGUGGGCACAAUUCCUGAGCAGCUGGGCCAGUGCUGCUGUCACAUGCAGAACCAGGAGGCUCGCAGCCGCAGCUCCUCGGGAGGUUCCCCGACGCCAUCAUCUCAGCUUCUCGGGGCUCGGCUCCAGAGUGCACCCACCCUGACCGACUUCUACCAGACAAGGCAGAAGCUCCACAAGCAGCUGUCGGACCCCGUGCAGCCUUCGUCCUCUUCCUGCAGUCAGUCUCCUCACCUUAGCCGUCCGGCCAAUCUUGGCUCCUCCCCCACCAAGCUGCUGGGCACCUCUCCCCGCACGUCCGACUGGCUGCAAAAGUCCCCUCUGCCCACCAUAAUUGGCUCGCCUACCAAGCCUAUUUCAGCACCGUUCAAGAUUCCCAAAACACAGGCGUCCUGUAAUCUGCUGGCUUUGGCGGACAGUCCUCUUCCCACCAAGACACUGGCGGACACCCGGGAUAUCUGUGCCCACCACAGCAAUCCCUACCUAUCGGGACGGGCCGCUGCCCCAGAGGGCAGCCGGACAUUUGGCAGGUCCGUCAGCACAGGCCGUCUGUCUGACCCGCCAAUCAGAAUCACCCUGGGAGGACAGGCCUACCAGGGCAGCACCGACAGCCUGAACACUGAGCGACCCAUGGACACAGCACCCAGCUUGCUGGCCCAGGGUGGCUCCGCCAGCCCCCGAACCGUCCUCUUCACCGUGGGUUCCCCACCCAGCAGCAGUACCCCUCCCACCUGCAGCCACCUUGGAACCCGACCACGCACCACCUCAGUGGGUUCCAACAGUUCGGCCGGCUCCUUGUGCUCCACCAGCGGCCGGGUAUAUGUUGGCUCUCCCCCAGGCAUGACCAUCGGCACGUCUCCGCCGGGAAGUUUCGGGGGUGGGCAGACUGCUCUCGGGGCGGACGGGGGCCCUAGCAGCCUGCGCUACGUCCCGUACGGUACCUCUCCCCCCAGCCUGGAGGGUUUCAUCACCUUUGAAGCUCCAGAGCUGCCUGAGGAGACCUUGAUGGAGCGUGAGCACACAGACACCCUGAUGCACCUACGAAUGAUGCUUUCAUUCACCGACUGCGUCCUGGAGAUGGCUGCCGUCCGAGCCGGGGGGGCGGAGCUCGGAGCGUCGGCCGCUUCCCUCUACCCCCCACAAGACAGUGUGGUUGUGGACCAGAUCAGCCAGCUCAGCAAAGAGUGGGGGCAAGUUGAGCAGUUGGUGCUCUACAUGAAGGCAGCUCAGCUGCUCGCUUCCUCCCUCCACCUCGCAAAGGCCCAGAUCAAAUCUGCCAAACUCAAUCCGUCCUCUGCAGUAAAACAGGUGGUGAAGAAUCUGAACGAGCGCUACAAAAGCUGCAUCUCCCUCUGUCGGCAACUGACCGACAAACUCAACCACUUCUUCUCCGACAAGCAGCGCUUCGUGGAUGAGAUCAACAGCGUCACCGCCGAGAAGCUCAUCUACAAUCACGCCGUGGAGAUGGUUCAGUCGGCAGCUCUGGACGAGAUGUUCAAGCAAACGGAGGACAUAGCCUACCGCUACAGCAAGGCCUCCAUGCUGCUGGACGGCCUGUCGAAGGUCCUGCAAGACCCCACCGACAUCGACAACGUGAUGAAAUAUAAGGCCAGUGUGGACCGCAGGAUAUCAGCUCUGUGUUACUGUACUGUCACUCUGUACGAGUAGCGGGCCGGGCCGGGCCCAAACACGUGUACACCACAGGGGGGACCACGCGCGGAGACUUUUCCGCAACCAUCCUUGAAAACAACCCAUUCCCUCCCGUAGCAGCUGGAGCACUUUUUGGUCGUUAGGUUUCAUCCGUAUUUAUCGUCAGUUUAUUUGAUGCACAUAAAACCAAAGAUGAUGGAAAAAAAUCCAGAGAGGAAAGAAAAAGAUAAAAAGCCCUUAAAGCGGACGUGGACAUUGAGCACGCGCUUUAAAGGGGCGUUUUAUUCGUUUGCGACGGUGACGCACCAUGGGAUCGUAAAAAUGUACUCUGGACGUUGCUUGUUUUUACCAGAAGAAAUGGAGGAUUCACCGGUCUGUGAGGCACUAGCGUGGACUCCAAAAAAGACUUACAGCUCUGUAUGAAGAAACUUCUCUGUCAGUGGUUAUUUACUCUGUUUAAGUUGUUGUUCUACUUAUUUAUUUGUUGUCUCGAACUUCCGUCUCGAACACCUUAAGCAUCGAAGUGUACGGAGAAGGAAAAAAUCCACAGAAAGGCUUAAAGCCGCACACUGUCACCGAUCCAACUCAGAGACUGACUUUCGCAGCAAAAGAAAAAACUCCUGUUACAGGACCCGAAACAGCCAUGAGGACAGAGGAUCCCGUAGAGUUGUAAUUACUUUGGUUUUAAUUUUUUUUCUCGUGUUAUUAGCUCAAGCACUUUAUUGUGGAAGGAGAGCGGGGAAACCGAUGUUUAAACGCAGAAACGUGACGACGGCGGAGACGUUUUCUCAUCGCUCUCGGUUUCGAAACAAACUUGCUUUGUGUUCGUGGUCAACAAGUCUACACGAGGAGGCGUGCUCGGUUGUGUAGCACAGAGGGAAACAAAGAGAUCCAAACAUUGAAUAUCAAAGUAAAAGCAUGGAUUUGAAUUCAGCUCUUGAACAUUUAGAUUGUCUGAACUCUUGUGAAAAGCUCACAAAGGGCAAACAAAAACGUCUCGUGGUCGUGACUUGUUGAUCAUGCAACAGAAAGGAAGGAAGGAAGGAAGGAAGGAGAAUUGGGGUGAAAGUGGCUGGCUCAGAGGGUUCGGAGGGAUCAGAGCGUGUAGCAGGUCGUCCUUUCGUGGCGAGCCGAUCAGGUAUUCUCUGCAAAUCCUGAUGGGAGUCAAACCCAAACGAUCAAACGGCUCGACCAGUUACCACAAUGCGUUUCUUAAAACUAAAACAAAACGACAGCUUUUUAUGUUCCGCUAGAGACCGUAGCUAUUUUUUAAGAAAAAAAAAAAACAUAAAAAAAACAACUAAAGUUGAUGUUUGCAUUGUGUAUAUAUCUGAAUGUGGUCCCUUUUUUUUUUUCGUGGGAGAGAAAUAUGCGUGCGUGAGUGUGAAAUCAGAUUUAGUGGCAUCGGAUUGCUGUCGGAUGCCCUUGCCUGUCAAAGAGCACAAAUCUUUAUAUGUAGAUAGAUGAAUUUGUAUUGAUUUUAUUCAUGUUCGCCAAGGGUUUAAUAAGAAAAACGUUUUUUGGCACAAUAGGAGUGUGCCAAAAAAAAAAAAAAAAACAGAUAACAAAACUGUUGGCAGCUCCGAAACUUUCCAAAAAAACUCUUUCUACCAGGACUGUUCUUUGUUGAGAUCACAUUCAUUUGCGCACAGUUUCCGAACAAGGAACGAGUG